AUGUCAGCCAGACUGCUCCAUGCCCUGGCCGGAUCUCCCUGCGUUUUAUCAAAAGCAUGUCAGCGCCGCCGCCUGGCUCACCGAGCGGGAAACCCGCUUAAGGAGCUUGAGAGUGCGGCCCGCGGCGCCCUGGCGAGGAGUCCGGCCGUGGAUUUGCUCUUUCCCGACCCCGCCGCCGGCGAUCUGAAGGAGGCCCGGGUCCUGGAGACCAGCCCGAGCGCACCCAACGCCUGCGUGUCCUCUGCCUUCGGCACCGCCCGCUGCCCCGACGGACAGGCGCGCCUCCCCGCCAGGAAGGCUCCGGGCACUCCCCGGCUGACUCACAAGCCAAACCGACUAGGUCCCAAGUGGUUUAUAAAAAUAAUCGAGAGGCAUUGCUCAUCCACGUCCACAGAAACGCUUGUUCCUAAACAAGACUUCCCGCAGAUCAAGAGGCCGCUGAAGCCUUCGAGGACGCGGCAGCCGUCCAGGACCAACCUCCCCGUUCUGUCCGUGAACGAGGACCUGAUGCACUGCACGGCAUUCGCCACCGCCGACGAGUAUCACCUUGGAGCUCUCUCCCAAGACCUGGCCUCUCAGGGAUACAUUGAAGUCACAAGCUUGCCUAGAGAUGCAGCCAAUAUCUUGGUGAUGGGUGUGCAAAACUCUGCAAAAGAAGGCGAUCCUGGAACAAUAUUCUUCUUCAGGGAAGGAGCUGCUGUGUUCUGGAACGUAAAAGACAAAACUAUGAAGCACGUGAUGCAGGUGCUGGAGAAGCACGAGGUGCAGCCCUACGAGACGGCGCUGGUGCACUGGGAGAACGAGGAGCUCAACUACACGAAGACAGAGGGGCAGUCGAGACUGCACCGAGGAGAAAUCCGGCUGAACUCCGAGCUGGACAUGGAUGACGCCAUCCUGGAGAAAUUCGCCUUCUCCAACGCGCUCUGCCUCUCAGUGAAGCUGGCUAUUUGGGAAUCAUCAUUGGAUCAAUUUGUGGAAUCUAUUCAGUCAAUUCCAGAGGCUUUAAAAGCUGGGAGGAAAGUGAAACUAUCUCAUGAAGAAGUUAUGCAGAAAAUGGGUGAACUCUUUGCCCUCAGACACCGUAUAAACUUGAGUUCAGACUUCUUGAUCACUCCGGAUUUCUACUGGGACAGAGAAAACCUGGAAGAACUUUACGACAAAACUUGUCAGUUCCUAAGCAUUACUCGUAGAGUUAAGGUCAUGAAUGAAAAACUUCAGCACUGCAUGGAGCUGACAGAUCUAAUGCGGAAUCACCUGACAGAGAAGAGGGCGCUCCGCCUGGAGUGGAUGAUUGUCAUCCUCAUCACCAUAGAGGUAAUGUUUGAGUUGGGACGAGUAUUUUUAUAA